AACAGAAUCACCGUUUAGGUAUAUGUCAUCACCGUUCCAGAACUAUCCCAUCUCCGAAACUAAUAGGAAGGCUAGAGAACCUGCACGAAGCCUUUGCACUCUGCUUCCGCUCUCCUAAAUUAACAUUAAUCAUCCCAUCGGCUACGUCUACGCCCACGGUCCUCUCUCCCCGCUGCUUUCAUCACUCUCCGCCUUCCGCCACCUCCAGCGACUAAACGAUUUAGGAACAACAUGUUCAAGAAGGCGGCAGAAGCGAAGUUGCAGCAGAGAUUAUCUGGUGCAGACAGGAAGAAGCUGAAGAGGACUGUUAAAGAAAGGUUCCCUGGACCUUCCGAUGCCGAUAUUGAUCUCUUGCUUCCUCCCAAGGUCGAGUUUUCCGUUGCCAAGUUUCAAAAUCGUGUUCACAUAUAUAGCGUUGAAGGAGGCUUUCCAAUGUUUUUUGACGUUGAUGGGAGAGGAAACGAAAUAUUCCCCACAGUUUUUGCACUCUGGAUGGUACCAGAAUUGUUGCCUGCCUUUUUUUUGAAGGGGGGUGAAGUCUCUCGCUUUGUGAUUGGAGGAGCAGACUUGAUGUUCCCUGGUAUUCACAUUCCUGCUGAAGGUCUUCCUUCAUUUUUAUCUGGGGAACCAUGGGCUGUGAAAGUCCCCGGCAAUGCAUCUCCAAUUGCUGUUGGUGUUACCACCAUGAGUAGCACCGAAGCAUUAAAAGCGGGUUUACGUGGAAAGGCUCUCAGAAUUCUACACUACUACAGGGAUUCCCUUUGGGGAUCGGUAGAGGGUCAUUAUGUGCCCAAUGCAGGAUUUUUGGAAGAUGCUGUAUAUGGCGAUCCUGCUUUGGCAUCAUCUUCACAAAUUGAUGACUCUUAUGAAGGUACUGAAACUGAUGAUGCUUCAAAUUAUGGACAGAAUGACAGCGGCGAUAAAGAAGUUGGGGGAUCUGUUGAUGAAACUACAACCGAUGUUCUUGAUGAGCCUGGCGUUGUUCUAACGGCACAGACAGAUUCAACAAUUGAUGAAAUUGUUUCUGGUGUGAAUGAUUUGAAGGUUGUAAAUGAUAUUUCCACUGAGGAACCAAAGGUGCAGCACACUCUAUCAGCUGAGGACGUCGACAAGCUUCUGGAUAAAUGUCUUCUUCAAGCCCUGCACACAACAGUGAAAGACAAAGAUUUUCCACUUCCUGGAAGCACGCUAUGGUCAAAUCAUGUAUUGCCUUGUCGCCCUCCUGGCAUGAUGCUAGACAUCAAGAAAUCUUCCUACAAGAAAUUGUCUAAGUGGUUGCAAGCGAAAUCCUCUGCUGGACUGAUUACAGUGAAAGAAGACAAGCAUAAAAAAGAGACGGUUUUGUACUCUGUUAACCGUAAGCAUCCAGACUAUACGUCCUUUAAACCAGAGAAGCAACAGGUAGAGAAAAUUGACCAGAGCAAUAAUCAUGGUCCGAAAGAAAGUUCAUCCAAUAAAAUGCUUGAAGUAGCAGAGAUAUACAAGCCAAGUGUGCAUGUCAAUCCCAUUUUUGUUGCUGUGGGGGCAGACACUAGCAAACUUUACACUUCAGCAGAGGCUACUGAUAUCGUCUUCGAAUACGUCGAGAAAGAAAAAUUGGAGAAACCGACAGAUAAGUCUAGAGUGGUCUUAGAUGCAAUAUUAUGCGAUGCACUGUUCAAGGGGGCCAUUAAGAAAGGAACAACGUAUCCUACAGAAAUUCACAAAAGAGAUAUAGGCUCAACAUUUAUCAGCCGGAUGCAACCUCAUCACGUUGUAACAAGAGGAAGUGAGUCUGUUGUUCGCAAAGGUGCAUUAAAAACUAUUCAAAUAAUGACAGAGCGACGCCAAGGAAAUAAGAAAGUGACAAGACUUUCUGGGUUGGAAACGUUCUUGUUGGAUGCUGAAGCAUUGGCUUCAGAGCUUCAGAAAAAGUGUGCUUGCAGUACGACGGUGGCAGAGUUGCCUGGUAAAAAAGGGUAUGAAGUUGUGGUCCAAGGUGGAGUCAUUGAUGACUUGGCAAGACAUCUGAUCGAACAAUAUGGGAUUCCGAAAAAGUACAUUGAAGUACUUGAUAAAACAAGGAAAUGAGAGGCUAUAGCUGCUAUAUAUCUUACAGGGAACUUACCAAUCCCAGUCUUACGAUAUCCAAGUAAAGAUCUGCUGUUAUCAGCGCCAGCAUCAUGCAAAGGAAAAGCCUGAAUCAAAAGAUAUGAUAGAAGUUAUUGAUAAUGAGGUAUCGUAUCAAAAUUUGAUUCAUGCAACAAAGUAAAGAAGAUUCCUCGUUUGUCUCUUUAGGCUGGAAAAUUGGUUCUUGUUUCACUGACAGUGAUUGUUUAUUUACCUAAAAUUUGUUCAUCACGCGAUUUUGGCUGCCUUGUGUAAAAGAAAAUGUUUGUAGUUAGGACCAACCAAACAUGAUUUUGUCAAAUGUUUUUGAGAUUUACUUACAUUAGUGAGUUAUUUCAACGUUGGUGUUAUUUUA